AUAUAUAUAUAUGUAUAAAAGGGACGGCGAUCCCUGCGAAAAGCUUGUAACAACCGACAACGGCCGCGGCUUUUAGUCUCUCACUGGCCGGCGUUCUCUUCUUGGCUGCUGCUGCUCGAUCGGUUCAAUUGAAAUAACAAAUACAACGGAUAUCCGUCGCAGAUCGAGUAAUCGAGAUUCGUUCACGCCAAACAACACCAUGGUCUACUCCAGCGAUUUCUACACCAGCCGCAGGCCCGCCUACUACAAGCCUUCCACUUCAUACUCCAUCACCCCCAUUUACUCAUCCGACGGAUAUGACAUACCGCCUUCGUACUAUAAGGCGCACCAAGUAUACCAAACGAGUCCUUUCAUACUGACACCCAUCACCACAACAGCGAGGCCGUCGGCAAAGGUUUUGCCUUACAACUAUAGGUACAUACCUGCGCCCACCUAUCAUCAUAGAACCGGUGCGGCAUUACACGGGGUGUUAGACAGGAUCGAGCACAGGCAUCGUUCUCAUCCCGGCCACGAUGCUACCGACGAGUACUUGAACACCAGGAGUUCCACGAAUUUCGAUGACGUGACAAGAUCAAUACGAGCGCAAACGGCCGGUUUACUUAAACAAGUAUACGCGCCUACCAUAAGGCCUAAACCGACACAUUCUCAUUACAAUACUCAUACCGGAUACAUGGAGUUACCCAUAGCGCAGCGGAUAGAAUCCGACGCUUACAUUGAAGCCAUUCUGAGAGACUCCCAAACCCAUCACUACGACACAAUAGGUAAAGGCCAUCUGGCGUGUGUGACUUAUGCCGGCGGCAAGGCUUUUGCGCGCAGAAGACCACGGUUAUCAGGUGAUGCAGAAGUAGACACAAACGUGACAAUGCUGUCGUACUACAACAAAACAAGAGAAGCGGCUGCGGCUUCUUCGGGUCGUCCCAGGGUAAAAGUGGAUACUUCAGCCAACACUUCCAGCCGAGGUGCCUACGAACUAGAGAGAACAGCACGUGAUUCAGAAUCCGGUGCCGAUAGAGUGUCCAACGGAAACCAACAUUCUUCUGAUGCAGCCGAAGAAGCCUCUAAGAAAGCGGAAGAAGAACGAUUGGCUGCAGAAGCGGCGCGCAAGGAAGAUGAGGACAGAUUGGCGGCAGAAGAAGAGGCGCGGCGCAAGGAAGAAGAGGACCGAUUGGCGGCAGAAGAAGAGGCGCGGCGCAAGGAAGAGGAGGAACGGUUGGCCGCAGAGGAAGCGGCGCGCAAAGAGGAAGAAGAACGAUUGGCCGCGCUCAGGGAAGAACAAGAACGGUUGGCGGCCGAAGAAGCCGCGCUCAGGGCGGAGGAAGAACGAUUGGCCGCCGAAGAGGCCGCGCUCAGGGCGGAGGAAGAACGAUUGGCCGCAAAAGCGGAAGAGGAUAGAUUGGCCGCAGAAGAAGCGGCGCUCAAGGAGGAAGAGGAUAGAUUGGCCGCAGAAGAAGCGGCGCUCAAGGAGGAAGAGGAUAGAUUGGCCGCCGCAGAAGCAGAGGCCGCCAGAAAGGCGGAAGAAAACGUUUCCGAGUCGGAAGAAACGGACGCGGAAGAGAUAGAGGACGAACCGAAUAGCAAACUAGUGACCACCGAAGUCGGAUUUGGCAUAGGCGGAACAGCUCUGGCAGCUUCUGAACACCACGAAGUAGCGUACACGACGUUGGAAGAAGAAGACGGUGGUACCGUCAGGACGGCCGUGUUCAGACGCUCCACAAGGACUACGUCGACCAUAAUCCAGUCCGGCAGCGAAGAGCACAACGGCGUGGAAAUCGAAGAAGUCGUGGAAAACGAAGAAGUUUCGGGGGACGAAAACGCCGUGGCCGACGGGCAGCGGUCCGAGCAAGAGGAAUCGUCGGACGAAGGAGAAGAAAUCAAAACGGAAGGGGCAGAUACAAAACCGGAAGAAGGGUCAUCCGAAGAGGAGGAGGAGGAGGAGGAAAGAAGAAGAGUAGAAAAUGUUUCGCGUCGCGCGAUCGAGUUUUCCUAACGACUUGAAGGGAUCGGCGAAAUAGCGUUUAUUUAUUUUACCGUUGUUGUUAAUAUGCAUUUAAUUUAUUUAUUUAUCUAAUUUAUUAAAAAAAAAAAAAAUAAUAA